AUUUCUAUUUAAUAAUAUCAGAUGGAAGGAACAAACAUUAAGGAAGGUCAAAUCCAUACAGAAAUAAGUAAAAUGUUUGAUGAGAGUCCUUUUAUGGGCAUGGUACACAAAAUUGCACGUAAAUGCAUGAAAGAAGCGAGAAGCAUUACGGAAGAAUGUGAGAAAGGUUUCUCUCUGUACGCAUGCAUCUCAAGAAUGGUACAUAAAAUGCAAAAACACGAAGAACAUGAAGGAAGAGAAGAAACAGAAGAAAAUGCAGAAUCAGGACAGGCUGAAUAAAUAGAUACACAGAAAUGAAUUUAAAAAUAAAAUAUUAUUUGGAUGGUUGCUAAAACGUUUAUAAGACACAGUAUACAAUAAUUUACGUUACAUGAAAA